AUGUUUGUGGCUAAUACAUCAGGUAAUAAGGUCAAGUUGAUGCAUCUACAUUUGCUUGAGGACUUGUCCAAAGUUGGACAAUAUGCUUGUUGUGCAGCUACACUUGAGAUACUUUACAGAUAUCUUUGUCGUGCAUCGCAAAGAGGGAUUAGAGUCAUUGUAUGGAUAUACGAGAGGAUUCUGCCUCUUAGGCCACCGAGGGAUCCUGAUCUGCAAGCUGUCAAGUGGGUCAUUCCUAACCUACCAGGACCACCGUGUGCUCGUAUAUCUGGAGUGAGCAGGAUUGAAUCACUGAGUCAGGUCUCUGGUCCUUGGGGUGAUGAAGGUAAAGGAAAACGCGUUCAUAUCUUGGCUAAACAUUUCGAAAUUGUUGCUCGUUGCCAGGGUGGAGGUGGAGCCAAUGCUGGGCACACUAUUUACAAUUCAGAGGGAAAGAAAUUUGCUUUGCACCUUGUUCCUUCGGGUAUUCUCAAUGAGGAAACGGUAUGUAUUGGUAAUGGAGUUGUGGUGCAUCUACCAGGAUUAUUUAAAGAAAUUGAUGAUCUUGAAUCUAAUGGAGUCUGUAUUCGAGGAAGGAUCUUGGUAUGUGAUCGUGCUCACUUAUUAUUUGAUUUUCACCGAGUAAUAGAUGGGCUUAGAGAAGCUGAGCUGGCUAAAUCCUUUAUUGGCGCCACCAAGAGAGGCAUUGGGCCUUGCUAUUCAAGCAAGGUCAUUUGAAAUGGCAUAAGAGUAAGUGAUUUAAGGCAUAUGGAUACCUUCCCCCAGAAACUUGAUCUUUUGCUAUCAGAUGCUGCUUCAAGGUUCAAAGGUUUUAAUUAUAGCCCUGAUAUGCUCAGGGAAGAGGUGGAACACUACAAGAAAUUUGCUGAGAGGUUGGAACCCUUUAUUAAAGAUACUGUACACUUCGUGAAUGAUGCUAUAUCUCAGAAAAAGAAGAUUUUGGUUGAAGGUGGUCAGGCAACUAUGUUGGACAUAGAUUUUGGAACGUACCCUUUUGUGACAUCCUCCAGUCCAUCAGCUGGUGGAAUCUGCAAUUGUCUUGGCAUUGCUCCCCGAGUGGUUGGUGAUCUCAUCGGUGUGGUUAAAGCAUACACUACUAGAGUUGGUUCUGGUCGUUUCCCAACAGAAAUCUUGGGUAAAGGUGGUGACCUUCUGCGAUUGCCGGGCACGACGACUGUUCGCCUCCGUUAUUGUGGCUGGCUAGACAUAGUUGCACUGAGAUUUUGCUGUCAGAUUAAUGGAUUUGCUUCUCUGAACCUAACAAAGCUUGACGUGUUGUCAGAUCUUUCAGAAAUUCAGUUGGAUGUUUCCUACAGACUGCCAGAUGGCACACCAGUUGAAUCAUUUCCUUCUGAUCUUCGUCUACUUGAUUAAAUCCGGGUGGAAUACGAAGUCUUGCCUGGCUGGCAGACUGAUAUUUCUUCCAUCAGAAAAUAUUCAGACUUACCGAAGGCUGCACGUGAGUAUGUAGAAAGGAUAGAAGAACUUGUUGGAGUACCUAUCCAUUACAUUGGUAUUGGGCCUGGUCGUGAUGCCCUCAUCUACAAGUGAUCUCAGGGAAUUGGUCAUAUUGCCAUGAUCUCAUUCUUCAUCGUGCUGGUAGAAGUAAUGCCCUUUGCGUGGUUAAACUCUUGGUAACCUCAGGAUUAUCAAUUUAAAAUGACCUCAAUGAUGUAUUUUUCAUCUCCAAAGCUAGAUCUCAUCCCCCCUCCCCCUCCCCUCCCCUCCUUGUAUGUGGUGCUCCCAAAGGGAUAUGCGGCUUAAAAUUUGCCACCUGCUUGCCUUGGGUUCAUAUCUCCUCUAAUAAAAAGCUUUGACUGCAUCGCUAUCUUGGCUUCCGCCUCAAUUUGGUGCCAUGACUAUAGUGCUUUGGAUGAUCUUCUAUUUAGUCUUUAGUUUACUCUCCUCUGAAUCCAGCACUGUAACUUAUUCAAGUGAAAUUUACAUUUGGUCUGUACUAUAGAUUUGCAGAAGAGAUGUUUAAAAUGGCGCCUUAUUCGUCCACACAAAUGGUGUUCCAGUUUUCAUCCUUCGCAUUCUUGAAUUUUC